AUGGCAUUCAAAACCACCGCCGGUCUUGCAUUCCUCGCCCUCGCGGGCUCCGUCAAAGCCCAGUCCGUCGAUGGCUCCAAGUACAACAGCCCGAGUAACGGUCCCCCGGCCAGCUACUUUGCCGCGGCCACGACCCUGCCCGUCGCGGCCUUGCAGUCGGCUGCAGCCAAGGCGAGUUCGGUGCCAUCCAAGGCUACCUAUCCCGUCAAUACGGAUGAUGAUUCCCCCAAGUCGACCAUCCAUAGCGAUUGGGUGAAGUUCAAUCAGGGCGCCGCGCUCAGCUGGGUAGCUGACAUGGAUGUCGACUGUGAUGGCAUAGACUACAAGUGCAAGGGCAACGGAGAUGGUCUGCCCGAGACCAACUGGGGAGCCCUGUCAGCUUAUGAGGUUCCCUGGAUUGUCAUUCCAGACCAGUUUCUCACAGCCAACGAGGACCUACUGCCGGGUAAUAACGUUGCCGCAGUGAUUUGCAACGGCAAAAUGUACUACGGCAUUCUGGGUGACUCCAACGGCGACGACCCCGAGGUAACCGGCGAAGCCUCGUGGCUCAUGGCCCGCACCUGCUUCCCGGACGACGACCUCAACGGAGCCGAGGGCCAUGCCGAAGCCGACGUAACCUACAUCGUCUUCACCGGCGACGACGCCGUGCUCCCCAGCAGUGCCCUGAACAAGAACUACAUCACCAACUUCAGCACUCUGCGGUCAAUGGGCGACAAGCUGGUCGGAGCUCUCGCCUCCAACCUGGGACUGUCCGGCUCCAAGCCUAGCCCCAGCGCCAGCGUACCCUCUCAGACCACCUUGGAGACGAGCGCCGCGACCAGCGCCGCCAGCACCUCGAGUGCCUCAGGCUCCACAGCCACCUGCUCCUGGGAGGGACACUGCGAAGGCGCUAUCUGUUCCACUGAGGAUGACUGCUCGGAUGAUUUGGUUUGCGAUAGUGGGAAGUGCAGCUCUCCUGACGAGGAUGAUGGGGACGAUGAGGACGAUGAGGAUGAGGAAGAGAAUGACGAGGACGACGAAGACGAAGACGAUGAGGAUGACGAGGACGAUGAGUGA